AUGUUCAACGUUGCUAGAAUACCAGAACCCCAUUGCGAUACACUUUCUAAACCUCCAGAUCUUUCAUCCCAAGCUGCACGCUCUAUUUUCCUCAUGGUACAUGACUGGUGUUACUCUGUCACCGUUUACCAUCCACCUGCCUCUAAGUCUGAACCACCCAGAUUACUUUCGCCUGGUUUGAUAGAAGCACGUUUAAGGGCAGUCGUGCUCGACGUCGAAGCUCGUUUGUCCAUUGGAGAGAAACCUCUUCCUGUCGGAAUAUUGAGCGCUGAUGAUAGAGAUCGUUGGGCUGAGAACCUACAAUAUCUCCUUUCGCUGUCCCCAGUCAACCAGAAAUCAUAUCAAGCAAUGUGUCACUCCGCAAUGGGCCUCAGCUUAGACCACACAACCUAUAACAUUGUCCCGACGCCGUCGUCAUCAAAUCUGCCUCCUAGUCGUAUCCACCCCCGCACACCUUCAGAAUCAUCAAUAGAUUCCCAUCUCCACGCAAUUCGUGGAACAACCCAAAAUAUUUCUAAUCGAUUCUAUGAUAAAGCUUUCACUUUAAUCAUCGAUCCAUCGACCCGAGCUGGCGCUUCCGGCGAGCAUUCUCCUGUUGACGCUCUCGUUCCUAGCAUUGUUUCGGAAUAUGGAUUAGUGGAGGGUGUUGACGCCGAAGCCUUCCGGACAGUAGAAUUGGAGGAAAAUUUACUUGAUGGGCAAGGCUGGGAGCGACUUGAGUGGGUCGGUGAUGCAAAAAUAAAGAAAGAGUGCCAACUUGCCAUGGAGAGCGCCAAAGUCAUAGUGGAAGACUCUGACGAUAGAAAUUAUAAACUCUCUCCUGACGCUUUCAUUCAAAUGGCAUUACAACUUGCAUGGUAUCGAUACCGCGGCGAAUUUACGGCUACAUACGAAACUGUCCUUACGAGACUAUUUAAACAUGGACGGACUGAAACACUUCGUGUUUUCAGUCGCGAAAGUCGCUUAUGGGUCUUAAGUAUGGUAGACAUGAAAACAUCAGAUGCCGAACGGUUUGUUCUGUUACAAAAAGCCAUUGCAUCUCAUACUCGAAGGACGCGAGAGGCAAUGACAGGCCGUGGGUUUGACAGGCACCUGCUUGGUCUCCGUCUUCUCCUACGGCCUCUAAAUGCUGAAUCGGCAGCAUUAUUUGAAGAUGAAUUGUUUGAGCGUAGUUCUCGGUGGAAGCUGAGCACAAGUGGCUUGAGUGCUGGCAUGUUAUUCAAAGGAACAGGCUUUGGUACAGUAUAUGAAGAUGGGUUUGGAAUAAAUUAUCUAGCUGCGCCAGAUAUGGUGAAAUUUGGGAUAGAGUCAAAGUUUUCCAAUCCAUCCACUUCAACACAAGCAUUUAAGCAUGCAGUUGAUUGUGCUAUGAAAGACAUGUAUACACUUUGCCAGACUGUUGAACUAAAAGACAAUCAGCGUAAUGUACUGAGUCAUUUGUAA